ACAGAAAAAAAAUUGGAAUCAAAAUAAAGAGAAUUUGAAUUAAGGAAAAUCUCAGGGACUGAAUUAGUUUCUUCAAAGUUAUUCUUGUUUGUUGCAUUUCCUUGUACUUCCUGUCCUUUGUUGCAAAAUAGAAGUAGUAGUAAACAUAUGGUGGUUAAUCACUUAACCCUUAUGUGUUAUAUCAGUAACCCCUCCACUUGGUCUUAGAGAUCAUGGUAUGAUAUUGAACUCCAAGUCACCUAGUAACCCACAUAAAUGAAGACUGGAAUUCAAAAGAUUAUUAAGAUUUGGGGAUCCACAUUCACAUAUGUGAGUAGAUGAACCACGAAAGGAAUGAAAAUCUAGAUAAGUGUAUUUGAAUGACAAGCUACAGAAUAUAUAAAUGACACAGUGCAUCUUCCUAUGGUGUGGGGACUCGCUGAGUUAAGAUCUCCCAUGUGACAACGGUAAGCAUACAUUUGAUGGUGGGAGAGGGCACUUUUUGAUACUGUUCACUGGAACAUUCACGGAUGUGUUUAGGCGAAGAGGAAGAGGAGGAGGAAGAUAAAUUACCUCGAAGAGAGAGCUUGAGACCCAAGAGGAAACGGAAAAGAGAUGUUAUUAAUGAGGAUGACCCGGAACCUGAACCAGAGGAUGAAGAAACAAGGAAGGCCAGAGAGAAGGAGAGAAGGAGGAGGCUGAAGAGGGGAGCGGAAGAAGAAGAAGAAAUUGAUGAGGAGGAACUGGAAAGACUGAAGGCAGAGUUAGAUGAGAAAAGACAAAUGAUUGCUACUGUCAAAUGCAAGCCUUGGAAAAUGGAGAAGAAAAUUGAAGUUCUCAAGGAAGCAAAAAAAUUUGUGAGUGAAAAUGAAGGAGCCCUUGGGAAAGGAAAAGGAAAGCGGUGGUUUGCAUUUAAGAUGAUGAUGGCUAAGAAAUGGGCAAAAUUUCUUCGGGAUUUUGAAAACUUCAAAGCCGCUUGCAUCCCAUGGGAAAAUAAAAUCAAAGCGAUUGAAAGUCAGUUUGGCUCUUCUGUGGCCUCAUACUUCCUCUUCUUGAGAUGGAUGUACGGAGUAAACAUGGUUCUCUUUAUCCUGACGUUCAGCCUCAUCAUGUUGCCAGAGUACCUCUGGGGUUUACCAUAUGGCAGUUUACCUAGGAAAACAGUUCCCAGAGCUGAAGAGGCAUCUGCGGCAAACUUUGGUGUGUUGUACGAUUUCAAUGGCUUGGCACAAUAUUCCGUCCUCUUUUAUGGCUAUUAUGACAAUAAACGAACAAUUGGAUGGAUGAAUUUCAGGCUGCCCCUCUCCUAUUUUCUGGUGGGGAUCAUGUGCAUUGGAUACAGCUUUCUGGUCGUCCUUAAAGCGAUGACCAAAAAUAUCGGUGAUGAUGGCGGUGGUGACGACAACACCUUCAACUUCAGCUGGAAGGUGUUCACCAGCUGGGACUACCUGAUUGGCAAUCCAGAAACAGCAGACAACAAAUUCAAUUCUAUCACCAUGAACUUUAAGGAAGCUAUCAUAGAGGAGAGAGCAGCCCAAGUAGAAGAAAACGUCCACUUGAUCAGAUUCCUGAGGUUUCUUGCUAACUUCUUCGUGUUUCUAACACUUGGCGGGAGUGGAUACCUCAUCUUUUGGGCUGUGAAGCGAUCCCAGGAAUUUGCACAGCAAGACCCUGACACCCUUGGGUGGUGGGAAAAGAAUGAAAUGAACAUGGUCAUGUCCCUUCUGGGGAUGUUCUGUCCAACACUGUUUGACUUAUUUGCCGAAUUGGAAGACUACCAUCCUCUCAUUGCCCUGAAAUGGCUACUGGGCCGCAUUUUUGCUCUACUCUUAGGCAACUUGUAUGUAUUUAUUCUUGCCUUGAUGGAUGAGAUUAACAACAAGAUUGAAGAAGAGAAGCUGGUAAAGGCCAAUAUUACCCUCUGGGAAGCCAACAUGAUCAAGGCCUAUAAUGCAUCACUCUCGGGAAAUAGCACGGGACCACCAUUUUUUGUGCACCCUGCGGAUGUACCUCGGGGACCCUGCUGGGAAACAAUGGUGGGACAGGAAUUUGUGAGGCUGACCGUUUCUGAUGUUCUGACCACUUAUGUCACAAUCCUCGUUGGAGACUUUCUCCGGGCUUGUUUUGUGAGAUUUUGCAAUUACUGUUGGUGCUGGGAUCUGGAAUAUGGAUACCCUUCGUACACCGAAUUUGACAUCAGCGGUAAUGUCCUUGCUCUGAUCUUCAACCAAGGAAUGAUCUGGAUGGGCUCCUUCUUCGCCCCCAGCCUCCCAGGCAUCAACAUCCUUCGACUCCACACAUCCAUGUACUUCCAGUGCUGGGCCGUGAUGUGUUGCAACGUUCCUGAGGCCAGGGUCUUCAAAGCUUCCAGAUCGAACAAUUUCUACCUGGGCAUGCUAUUGCUCAUCUUGUUCUUGUCCACCAUGCCUGUGCUGUACAUGAUCGUAUCCCUCCCGCCAUCUUUUGAUUGUGGCCCCUUCAGUGGCAAAAAUAGGAUGUUCGAAGUCAUUGGGGAAACACUGGAGCACGAUUUCCCAAGCUGGAUGGCAAAGAUCUUGAGACAGCUUUCUAACCCCGGACUGGUUAUUGCGGUCGUUUUGGUUAUGGCUCUGACCAUCUAUUAUCUCAAUGCUACUGCAAAGGGCCAGAAGGCAGCAAAUCUGGAUCUAAAAAAGAAGAUGAAACAGCUGCAGCUGCUGGUGGCCAGUAGCUUUCACACGUAUGCUGGGGGUCCAGAAGUACUCCUCACCUUGAAGUUCAAAACCAAGGACUUCUGUAAGGGGCAAGAACACAAGCAUUGUGAAGUUGCUGUUCCCCUCUAUUCUCACUCUGAUGUAUUUGUCAAGGUCAAGCUGGUCAAUCAAGGGAUCACCAGUCUUAGUUCAGCAGGAAGGACCUUCAACUUGUUCCAAACCCAGGGAUUUGUUCUUGCACCACUCUUUUCCCUCUAACUCAUUUCCCUGGCUUUUCUUCUAACAAAUGGAAUUUAAAAAGAGGAUGUGAUUCAGCAAUACAGGUUACUGGUUUACCUGUUGGUUUAAUUUGAAAAAACUUUGUGUAUAUGUAUUUUCUUCUUAAAUACUUCUGCCUUAGUUUUCUUUGCCUGGAAACAGAAAUACUUCACUCCUUCCCCCCCACCCCCCAAAGUUCAGAAAUAUCUUUAUAAAGUAUUCACUGUUAUUAUUAACUCACAUUUUGAAACCAAUAUCUUGUUUUUCCAUUUUUUUUCUGCCUCCCCAUCCAGGGCCCCCAUGAGUAUAAACCCAAGAUUUUUCAUUAGCUGCUGGAUUCAGUAUGAAAAGGAAUAGACUUUUUAAAAGAAAAAUCCUAAGGGACUCGAGUAGGGGUCUGAUUAGCGUUGGAUUGAAGGUCCCUCAUCUUGAGGAGGUACAUCAUCUUAGACAACACACCUCUUUAUAAAGUUUUCAAAAAAGGCAUUGUGCAUGAUUAUAAUUCCAUCGCAGCCUAAUCAAGACCUCCAAUGAUCACAUCUCUUGAGUUUAGAUUCUAAUAUUCAGCAAUCUGUCUUUGCUUUUUUGUUUAAGAUUAGGAAAACACACACUUUUAUGAGGGGCUUUAGUUUAUAGAUGUGUUUAAGCAUUAUUACUUGUUAAAAGUUUGAAUUGGCUUUGAAUAGCAGGAAUCAAUGCCCUCUGCCAGCAUUGCUGUCCAUAUGCUAACCCACAGUGUCCUGUUCCAGAGCUAAGCCAAUUUGCCUGUCAUUCCCUGCAACUGACUUGCUGGUUUUUAUUAGCCAUCCUUGAGUUUUUCCUUCUUUUCACUCUUCUUCUGGCCAUAAAAAUGAUGCCCUGUUCUUCUGCCAGUCUGUGUGCCUAUCACUGCCAUGACACAAAUCCAAGAUUUCCUUCCUCUGGCCCAGUUUUCCAGAUUAGCUUCCAUUCCCAACCUUGAUAGAUUUCUUUGGGCCCUAAUGUCUUUUUCAGAGUCUAUUAUUUAUACAGAUUUUCCUGUGAUUUUUUUAAACAGUUCUUUACUGUUUCCUGUAUGCAUGCAUCACCUUUCCUAUCCAGAUUGUAAGCUCCCUAUGAGCAAGGAUCAUAUCUUUUAACUCAUUUGUAUGCCUAGGAUAGUGCAGUGCACAGGAAGGCACUGAGUAUAUGCUUAUUAAUUAAAUUGAAUCAAUUUAACUUACAGCAGUUGCUCUGUGAAACAAAAACUGUGUUGUCUGCAUGAGAAGUGUUACUACGAUGUAAGAAAUGGAAUUAUCUGUUGCGAUACAGGGCUUCUCACCUCAUUCGAUUAUAAUGCAAAUGAGUAAAUAAAGCUAGUGCUUAUUUCUACUUGG